CUGUACCUUUGCUAGGAAGCUUGAAUCAACGAAUGUUCUAAUUGUCCUUGCUGAAGUGCCUGCAUGGAGCAUAGCACUUAGCGCCAAUUUUCCUACAAUCUUGAUUCUGGGUUAGGUGCUGCAGUCCUGAAAUCACGGUCACGUAUGAUUAUACAUUUCAUGACUGGAUGGCCUCCAGCACACGACAAAGCUGAAUGAAGUCAAGACAUGGUGCUUACGCAAGACCCGCAUCACCAAUUAGCGUUUAUCCAUCAAUUCUUGAGGUCCAUUCAAAAUAACAGCGCUUCACGUCCACCCUGAAGCCUGUUACGAUCCUCUUAACAGUGGUCUUAGCUCCGUGGACGCCUGCAGCACCCGCUAUUCAAAGGCUGACCCAGAUUGCUAUAUAGUGGGGGAUUGGAAAGCCUCGUUUCUUAAAUGGCUGUCUCUGUGUGCCGUCGUUUUUGUGGCUUUACGCCAUCGCUUUCUUUGGUGGCCAAAGUUAGCAGAAUUGGUGGUCGCAAACAGGGACUUUCUCCCGGCCCUCCGGCUGUGCUUUUACGGAGAAAUUUGAAUAUUUGCAAGGUCCAUUACAAAUUCUACACUAUCUACUGACCGAAUAUGGCAACAAAGCCUGGCGUCGAUGAUCGUUGCUACUGGUCGACUCUAGCC